CCGUCUGACUGACAGCCCUGCGAAACUUCGACCACCGCACUUUCUCUCACCGCCGUAUCGCGCCUCGUCCCGUGAAUCCCGUGAUUCCCGUGAACUCUUCACUAGAAUCUAGAGCAUCCAUGGUCGACUGGUUACGACGAUCCAUCCAUCACCACGGCUAAGUGGCAUGUCAACAGCACCGUUCGCUAGCCAACCCGUGCUGUGACGGACGCUUCUCCUAGUAGUAGUGGCUCCUGACAGACGCUCCUACAGUCUAUUGCUCGUUCGAAUGCGCUCCUAGAACAGAGUUCACCAGUAUGCUCAUUCGACCUUUCUGCGCCGUUGGAUUGGAUCGGUGAUUCGAGGCAGUUUCUAGUUUCAAGCCGAAGGCCUCGGCUGGGAAUUCUCCUCGCGACGCGUUCCUCCUCGCCUACCAUAGCGCUGACCCAUUCAUCGCGCGUAUUAGUUCAUACGAGUUCUCCGCGCGUCGCGCCAUGAUCGAGAGCCUCUUCAUUCUCGCCGAUAACGGCGAGGUAAUCCUGGAGAAGCAGUGGGGCGGGCGGGCGGGCGACCGGCGCAUCUGCGCGUGGUUCUGGUCCGCAGUGGUGGACGCCAGCGGUACUGGUGGGGCAGGUGCGGUGCUGGCGCCGGUGCUGGUGGCGCCGCAGUGCUACGUGGUGCAGCAGCGGCACGAGGACGUGUUUCUGCUGCUCACCACGACGCAGGAGAUGCCGCCGCUUAUGGCGCUUGAUAUACUCUCCUCGCUCCUCUCGCUGCUCACCACCUAUCUCGGCCGCGUGUGUGAUGACUCGCUAAAGGACCACUUCGUUACAGUGUACGCUCUCCUGGACGAGGCGUUUAUAGGGGGGAUGCCCAUGACGCUGGAGCCUGCACUACUCAAGGAGCUCGUCCCCCCUCCGUCGCUCCUCACCAAGGUGGUGGACACCAUCACUGGGGGCGUGGGCGGGGAGUCGGCCACAGCAACCGCGGCCUCUGCAGUGGCCAGCAUGCCGGCCCAACUCGGCCGCUUCUUUGGCGCUGCAGGCGCUGCCGUCGCCAGCUCCGUUGCUCAAUCCCUGGCCAGGGGGGGUGAUGUGGGCCGGACGGGAGGUGGCGCUGCUGCUGCUGCUGGCGUGGGUGGUGCUGGUGCGGUUGGUGGGGGCGUGGUUGUGGGUGCAGGUGGUGCUGUGCGUGUGGGCUCGUCCGCAGCGCUGCCGUGGCGGCCCUUGGGGCUCAAGUACCUGCAGAACGAGCUGCAGAUCGAGCUAAGGGAGCAGCUGGACGUCACUGUCGCGCCGUCAGGGUUGGUGGAGCGGUGUGACGUGUACGGCGAGGCGCACGCCACGUGUCGCAUGUCGGGGAUGCCAGAUGUCGCGCUGUCGUUCGUGGAUGCGCGGGUGUUCUCUGACAUCUCCUUCCACCCCAGUGUGCGGUACCGCGAGUGGCAGUCCGACCGGGUAGUCGCGCUCACCCCUCCCGACGGCAACUUCAAGCUCCUCUCCUACAGAGUCCGCAGCAUCCCAUGCGUGCCCAUCUACAUCAAGCCCCAGAUCGGCUUUGUGCGCGACAGCGGGCGGGUGAAUGUGAUGGUGGGGAUGAAGCACGACCCGGGGAAGCCCGUCGAGGGGCUUGUGCUGCUGCUGCCGCUGCCACCGCAAGUGAGCUCGUGCGACCUGCAGGCCAACGUGGGCACUGUGGCGUUCGAUACAGUCACCAAGCUCUGCACGUGGUCCAUAGGCAGAAUGCCUCGAGACAAGAACCCGUGCCUGUCAGGCGGGCUGCGCGUGUCGUCCCCUCUCCCUCGCCCGCACGUGCACCCGGUGCUGCUGGCGCAGUUCCGGAUCAUGGGCGCCGCGCUCUCAGGUGUGCGCAUUGAGUCGGUGGUGGUGAGAGGGGAGGAGAACCGGCGCCCGCACACAGCGUUCCGGUCUGCUACCACUGCCGGGUGUUUCCAGGUCCGCAGUUGAGCGGGCGCUGACGGCUGAGGAUCACGUGAUAGAAGUCUAGUUUUGAGGCGCCUCAAAACUAGACUUCUAUCACGCGAGUUGAGCUGGCGCUGAUGGCUGAGGAUCAUGGGGGCGGCACUGCCACAUGUAGUUGGGAUGGGAGUCUGUGUGUGGUGGUGCGAGGGGAGGGGGGGAGAAACGCACACUCGCACACUGCCGGGUGCUUCCAAGUCCAGACGUGAAAGGAAAGGACGGGGACGGGUGAGGGUCAUGGGGACCAAGUCGGGAGUUAGACGGUGAGGGGUGCAGCGCUGUCAGGAAUGAGGAUAGAGCCGGCGGCGGUGUGAGGGGAGGCAGGGAGAACGGGGAUGAGUGCACACAGCACACAGCACACAGCACACAACACACAGCACACAACACACAGCACACAGCACACAGCACACAACACACUGCACACAGCACACAGCACACAGAACACAGCACACAGCGCACAGCGCACAGCGCACUGCGCACAGCACACAGCACACAGCACACAGCCCACAGCACACAGCACACAGCACACAGCACACAGCACACAGCACACAGCACACAGCCCACAGCCCACAGCCCACAGCCCACAGCACACAGCACACAGCCCACAGCACACAGCACACAGCACACAGAACACAGUAUUCGGAUCCGCCACCCCACCACUGCCCGGUGCUUCCAAGUCAGGGCGGUAAUGGAUGCGCGGACGGCUGAGGGUCAUGGGCGCCUCGCUGUCGGGUGAGAACUGAGUCGGCGGUGGUGGGAAGGAGAGGGGGGGAGAGGGGAGAGAGUGGACGCCUAAACGUGGUGUUCCUAUCCGCUGCCACUGCCGGGUGCUUCUAGGUCAGGAGUUAGCUUGUGGCGUAGGGAGGGAGGGACCAGAAUCAUGGGCGCAACGCUGUCAGGGGUGUGGAUAGAGCCAGUGGUGGUGCGAGGGGAGGGGAGGAGGGGAGGAGGGGAGGAGGGGAGGUUGGGAGGAUGGGAGGAGGGGAGGAGGAAAACUGAAGGCAUCAGCCGCACGCUGUGGUCUACUUCCGCUGCUGGGUGCGUCCAUGUUGGGACGAGUGGGCAUCGGGCAGUGGAGUGGUGUGGUGCCCUGCCACAUGAGGGUGACUUGAGUUGAGUAGCUCGUGGCUGGUUUUUGAGUCGCCUUGUACAUUUCACUGGUAUUCCUGUGUGAGGGGGGGAGGGGCAAGAGCAUCUGUGAGUUGCUUGCAUUGCAGCUACAUGCACAUAGAACCACACCGGUACCAGUUUCUUCUCUGCUAAUUGAAGGUUUGUACAGUU